UAGAAAUGUGUGUAAUAUAGUAUUGCUUAUGCAAGAGUGCAUACUUAUACUUCAUCUGACUGAGUAGGCUACACUGGCUAUUUAUGUCGUGCUUUUUUGCCUCAUUUGUUAUGAUGCGGGCAAUCCUUCAAUUCUUUACUAGCCUACUGUAUCCCACAGUCACCUUACAUCAACAUGUUAAAGGCAUUUGAUUUCAGGUAAAACUUAAAAAAAAAAAAAAAAAAACAUGAUGUGCUCAAAGUACACUAUUGUUUAUUUUGCUUAAGCAUAAUCUACGUACAAAUCAGAUAUGCAAAUUGUCAACAUUACGAGCAUUAUGCGGUGUCUCAUCUCCUGAGAGACUGAAUGCUGCCCUCUAGUGUAAAGUCUUCAUUUAUGUUCACUCAGGAUGGUGUGACAGUAAAAUCCAUCUUUAGAAGGUAAAGUUAUAACUUAUUAACGUAACGUGGUUAAUUCGUGAAUGUAAUGUAGAGCUGGAACUUAACCUGACAGAGCGUAUAUCUGCACAAACACGCUCUGCCAUCCGCGACAAACCAAACGCAGCUGUGCACACACCAACUGCAUUAGCUGACCGGUUUUAAUUGCUGGCACUGUUAACGGUUUUGACUUGAGGAUAAACGUUUAGUUGUAAUGAAAUCUUCGAAAUGCAGUAAAAUGACACAUGGAAUAAAUGUGACAUGGAUAGUAGGCCUAUGGUGGCAUCAACUUAAUAGGAAUACAUUGCAUUAGUCUAUAUACACAAAUAAAUUAAUAUAACAGAAUUAAAAAUUAUAUUUUAUUAUUAUUAAAGCUAUUAUUAUUACAUCAACAUACAUGUUUACUUUAAUUUAAAAUCUAACCUGGGUUGACGCACACUCCCAUUGGAUUUGAAUCCCUUCAUUCAAACGAACUAUCCUGAAUUCGCAGAAAUCAAAACUUCCGAACAGUACCGUAGCUACUAAACAAUAUAACACCGCACCCCUGCACUUCACAUCCUUUAGUCAUGAGAAACCUGGUGGUUUAAUCAGUUGGAAUAGUGUGGGGGAUAUAAACAAAAUCUCUUCGGAUACAGUUUAUUAACUGCAAAACCUCAAUAAAAACCCCAAGAGACACUUUCAAUUGUCAGUUUUGCUUACAAAUCUAUUUCCACAGAACUCUGGCUGAGGAACAAUCUCUUGGUAUCUGUUGUGCAAUGAAUGACCUGUCGCCCUUUUAAUGUCAGAAUAAUGAGGCAGACCUCUGAGAUACAUGUUUGGAACCAUUACAUUUGCCAUAAGUUUAAAAACAUGACUUUGGGAAUUCAUAUGAAGUCAAAUCUGUUCUCUCACAUACACUAGUAAAAAGAACAAUCAUAAUUCCUGCCUUUAUGCAUAGUGAUGUAUUUGAAUAAAUAGAGUUAUACCAUGUUCAAUCAAAGACAAAGCACACUUAAAGUUUGGCAGUGUACAUACAGGCAGAGUUGCAUGCAUGCUCUUAUUCUCAAGCGUUUCAAAGUUUGCUGUCUGCCUAUUGUUGUUUUAUGCAAAAAGUCAGAGGCUGGAUAGGACACACGAGGGCCUUAUGCAAAUGACGUGUCUAUCGGCUGGUGUGGGAUACUGGAGAGGUGAAUGCUCUUCUACUAACCCACUUUGCUAAAUGUGUUUCUCUGAACCUUUUUGAAAAAAGUUCACUCAGUCUGUCAUAGAAGACCUGAGAAAAGCACCAGACGCAGGGAUAUAAUCUACAGAGCCUGGAUCCGUGGAGCUUUCCUGCUAGAAGAUAUUAAGAUGAGCACAGAGGCUGUUGAACAGACAGAAUCUCAGCAUGAACAAGCUGACAUCGAACAAAACGGCUUCACCAGACAAAUCAAGACUGAGAACCUGAAUGAUUCACCUCAUUCUGGAUCGUCCCACAAGACAUGCCACUUAACUCAGGGAUCACCGGUGCCUGGAGGCCAUCUCACUGGGGAGCUGCCCUCCCUGCACCCCCUGCCCCAGCUCGUCCUGAUGUCUGGAUCUCACCUAUCCUCUCCUUCAUCAUUUCUCCUCUCACAGGCCCAAUCAGGACACCAAGCACUGCUGCAGCCCAAUCUGCUUUCCUUGCCCUCCCAGUCCCAGACAGGACUCCUGCCGCACCAGCCUGGUCUCGCACUCACACCUCAGGCAAUGGGCAGGUCAGGUCUGGCCGGCUCGUCUAUGGAUGGACACCUGGAUAUGUCUCACUUACAGGUGCCUAAACAUGUGGGGUCACCACAAGAUGAACCCAGUGACCUGGAGGAACUCGAGCAGUUUGCUAAAGCCUUCAAACAGAGACGCAUCAAACUAGGCUUUACUCAGGGUGACGUGGGUCUGGCCAUGGGAAAGCUGUAUGGAAAUGACUUUAGUCAGACUACAAUCUCACGCUUUGAGGCUCUCAAUCUUAGCUUCAAAAACAUGUGCAAGCUCAAGCCCUUGCUGGAGAAGUGGCUGAGUGACGCAGAGAACUCACCAUCCGACUCCAUGACCAGCCCCACCACCUUACCACCCCUUAUGGAGGGUUAUGGGAGGAAGAGGAAAAAGAGAACAAGCAUUGAAACAAACAUCAAACUCACACUAGAGAAACGCUUUUUAGAUAACCCAAAACCCAACUCUGAAGAGAUCACGAUCAUCUCAGAGCAGCUAUCCAUGGAGAAGGAAGUAGUGCGGGUUUGGUUCUGCAACCGGCGGCAAAAAGAGAAGCGGAUAUACUGCCCCAUCUCCAGUUCACCCAUAAAGUCUCACAACUACAACCCUCGUCUGGUGAGUCUGAGCAAGUCAUUCAGUCCGCUCACUGGAGGUGUGUCAUCAAGCUCCUCCCCCAGCAGCCCCAGUCGAGGCUCCUCCCCCAGCACUCUGUCCACUGCAUCCAGUCCACUGACCUCACAGGGGGUCAGCCAGACGUUCAACACCACAGGAUCCUGGUAUCGCUGGAACACCACAUCAUAUCAUCACUGAGCCCCUCUGAAGGCAACAGCUUCCCUGCAUGACUUACCAGACCAGAGAGAAAUAGUCAUUCUGUAAUGUUUACAACCAGCACUAAAUGAGACGGCACUGUUCUGCUUCAGGGUUUUGAAUAGAGCUUCACUGCUAAUUACCGAAGGGAAAAAGCAUUAAUAUACAGUGGCACAUUGUUUAAAUAUGCAAUCUUGCUACAAAGAACAUGACAGGCAUGUUCAGCAUUUUCAGCAGAGCUUUUAAUGUGCAUGAAACCUUAUUUCACUUUCCGUGUAAAAUCUCUGUGCCAAUUUUGUUGCAGAUGAAGGCUCAAAUCUGGCUUUUUGUUUAUUGAUAACGUUGAUGUGAAAAACUGCACGUAACCCAAAACAAGACCACUGAUUUUUGAGUAUCUUGUUUACAUAUUGCUUUAUUAGAAACUUUUCUUCACUGUUGUUUUAAAUGAAGUAGCAGGAUACUUUUAUGAUAAAGUUUCAUACGCUUGAGCGUUAUUGGCUCUGCUCAAGGUCAAGACCGGAACAGCUGGCUCUGAUAUGUGCAGUAAAGCUGAGGCAACAUUUAGCAGAUUGGUCAAUACAGUUUACAUUUAUUUUUGGCACACACCUAGUUUUGUGUUUCUGAACAUUUAUAAGGAUUUCUGGCAGGGAAAACAUUUUUAUAUGCCUGGUGCGGAAUAUGUGCAUUUCACACUAUUUUUAUGCAACAUUGUCCAAAGCAUUUGAAGUUCCUUGAGUUUCAUAUUUUAGCUUUUAUGUAUGAUUAAUAAUAUCUAGUUAUUGUUUGUUUGGUUGUUCUUUGCUUUAAAAAAAAAAAAAAAAAAAAAAAAAUUGAAUAACACUUGUAUAUUUCAGUUUCACUGUUUGACUUAUUAAA